AUGUUCAAUCGGAAAGAUAUGCCUACUGUCCCAAACCCCUUCGCGUCUCGACAGGAGCCGCCACGCCCGUCGCCACAGGGUUACUCGAAUCCCAACCAAGGGCCUCCACGGUAUGAUUACGGCCACGUCCCCAUGCCCACGGGGCAUAUCUCUGACGGCGAUGUGCCCAUGACUGACGCAAACUUCCUAUCAAGUGGAUACGGAUCACCUCCAGCACAAAACAUGGGCAGACCGCCACAACCGAUGCCUGGGCGCAUGCCGUCUGCAGGCGGACGGACUUGGACUCUCCACCCCAGCAAGAGUCCAAACGACAACUACACUUUCGGUAACCUUGUCGCUGUUUCGCCCCAAGACAUUCCUCCCAGUCGCGACGGCACCGAUGUGCUCCUACUCAUCAAUGACGUUUUCGUCUUCUCCGCCCGUCCUCUGGAUGGCUUCCCGCCUGGACUCAUGAGCAUGUCGGACCCUCAGCGGACAUGGGCGAAUAUCGGGUUGAGAGAUGCUAUCAAAGUGCAGCUGUAUGAUCCAUUUAGCCAGGGUGGUCAGGCUUAUCUCGGAUCUGCGGACAUUGAGGUCAGCUUUGCAUCGGUCAAGAAACGAGUAGAAGCACCAUACGAUCAAGAUGAGCUAGCAAACGCUGUGAUCAAGAAUUUCGAAAACCAACUGUUUGCUCCAGGCCAGCGGGUCUUGAUGGACCACAGGAGUAUCCCACUUUUGUUGCAGGUCAAGACUGUUCAGCGAGUCGAUUUGACAUCGGAGAAAUCCGACUCCAAUGCUGGCGAAGUUGAGACAGACCCGGCAGCCCGCGGAAUCAUCACGCGGCAUACGCAGCUUAAUUUCUACAAGGACUCUGCCACAGGUAUCAAUGUCAAGGCUUCCAACCGACGCCCCGCUGCCAACUCGAUUAUUCAACCCGGCUUCAAGUUUGAAGAUAUGGGAAUUGGUGGUCUGGAUUCCGAGUUCAGCACCAUUUUCCGUCGUGCUUUUGCUUCUCGUAUCUUCCCUCCCGGCCUGGUUGAGAAGCUGGGUAUUCAACACGUCAAGGGUCUUCUUCUUUACGGACCCCCGGGUACUGGUAAAACUUUGAUUGCCCGCCAGAUCGGAAAAAUGCUUAAUGCCCGAGAGCCGAAGAUCAUCAACGGACCCGAGGUUUUGAAUAAAUAUGUUGGUCAGUCCGAGGAGAAUAUUCGAAAGAUGUUUGCGGAUGCCGAGAAGGAAUACAAGGAGAAGGGCGAUGAAAGUGGCCUUCAUAUCAUUAUCUUUGAUGAGUUGGAUGCUGUUUGCAAGCAACGUGGUAGCGGCGCAGGCGGCGGUACUGGUGUCGGUGACAGUGUUGUCAACCAGCUUUUGUCUAAGCUGGACGGUGUUGACCAGCUUAACAACAUUUUGUUGAUCGGUAUGACCAACCGAAUGGAUAUGAUUGAUGAAGCAUUGCUCCGUCCUGGUCGUUUGGAGGUGCACAUCGAGAUCUCCCUUCCCGACGAGCACGGUCGAAGCCAAAUCCUCAAGAUUCAUACAGAGAAGAUGCGCAACAACAAUGUCCUCGAUACAGACGUUAAUUUGCCAGAGCUUGCAUCCGUCACUAAGAACUUUUCUGGUGCCGAGAUUGCUGGUUUGGUCAAGUCGGCCUCGUCAUUUGCUUUCUCUCGCCAUGUCAAAGUCGGUACCAUGGCCAGCAUCAAUGACGAUGUCAUCAACAUGAAGGUUAACCAAUCUGACUUCCACCAUGCCCUGACCGAAGUAAAACCUGCCUUCGGUGUCUCCGAGGAAGAACUUUCCAGUCGCAUUCAAUAUGGCGUUAUCCACUACUCAGAGACCAUCAACGAGAUCAUGCGAGAAGGCGAGCUAUUCGUCAAGCAAGUUGGCCAGGCGGAGGCCACUCCUCUAUUCUCUGUCCUGCUUCAUGGCCCCCCUGGCAGUGGUAAAACGGCACUCGCGGCACGCAUCGCCAUUGACUCCGGCUUCCCCUUCAUCAAGCUCAUCAGCCCAGAGGACAUGGUUGGUUUCAGCGAACCCGCUAAGAUCCAGCAUAUUAGCCGAAUCUUUGACAGUGCCUACAAAUCCAACACCAGCAUUGUUGUCAUUGAUAACAUCGAACGUAUCAUUGACUGGGUACCCAUCGGUCCCCGCUUCAGCAACAGCGUUCUGCAGGCCCUCAUGGUCUUCCUCCGGAAGCAGCCUACCCAUGGACGCCGUCUAUUGGUUCUAGCUACUACCACCGAGCGUGCUCUGAUGAAGCAGCUUGACGUGUACAACUCUUUCAACUCGGAUAUCAUGGUUCCCAAUGUGCAGUCUUUCGGCGAGCUGCGCUAUGUCAUGGAGCAGUCCGGCGCCUUUGACGCCCAGGAAAUCGCUCGCGCUUUGGAAAACAUCGGAGGUCUAGCAGAUGACGGCCGCGUGAGCGUGGGAAUUAAGAAGGUGCUCCUCGGUAUCGAAACUGCUAAGCAGGAUGCUGAUAAGGUUGGCCGAUUUGUACGUGUUAUUAACCGGGCCAUUGAGGAGCAGUCAUUCGCCUAG